CCAAGCUUAAGUUCGGGAUAAAGGGAGAUGUCCUUUCUAGAAUUCAGUAUUGGUACAGAGGAGUGGGUACUUUAAUGUCUUUUCCAGCCCUGGGAAAAAUAACUCUUUUCAUUGAUGUCUUGCAAUUGCACAAUAGUGAGCAAGAGAUCCCAUUUUAUGUGCUUGGGACAAAGUAAUCUCAGCAACAAGUGCAGUGCACUGUCCCCUUGAGCCCCUCUCUUUACCCAUAUGCCAUCACCUCCAACAGGGUGCAUCUCUCUGAGUUUCUUGCUCACCCAUGUCUCUAGAACCACAUGACCAGCUGUCAUCCCAGUGUGUCAGGUUGCCUGACAUCUCUGUAUUUUGACAUUUGCUGUUCCUUUGGGCGCCUGUCCCUAUUCACUUCUAACUAACACAUCACUAGCCUUCAAAGUCCGGCUCAACUAUCCCUUCUUCAGGGAACCUUCCCUGGUCAGGCAGUCAACUUUGAAUGUCUCUCAUUUAGGCCCCCAUAGCCAACUGUGCUUGAUGUACUUGUGGUCUCCUUAACUAGACUCAAGUCUUUGUGAGGCCACAGAUUAGUGGCCUGGUUCACUUGGUGACGUCUCUUUUUGUGAUGUUGACAUUUGGUAUGUGUGUAGAAAAUAUUUGCUUUAAAAAAUCCAUGAAUUAGUUAAUAACACCUGAAGGCAAACUAGGCACAUCUCACCUUUCUGCUGAAACGUCCCUUUCCUACACCACAGAAGGGACACUCAGUGUUUCCCCCACAUUCAGACUAUACCUGGAAUCCUGAACUUAAUUCCUGGUGCUUCAGUCUAAGUGAGACAAAGACAAAUCUGAUAUUAUUCUGAGAUUAGUGAAGAGAGCUAAAAGGAACUAAGGUGUCCAAAUCCUGUCUUGAAAUAUCUGAAAGGUUAAAAUGUGGGGAAAAAAUUUGACUUACAGAGCACAAAGCUUAGCUAUACAAUAAUGAAUAAAGAAUGUAUAUAUAUAUAUAUGUGUGUAUAUGUGUGUGUGUGUGUAUAUAUAUAUAUAUAUUCAUCAUUGAGGAGAAUUUUUAAAUAGAUGCCUUAGGGGCAUUGAGACUCCAGUUGGUGGUUUGGUUGGUUCUGGGAACAUUGAGGUACUGUUCGUCACUGAAAUUUUAUGAUUUAGCUGAAUAGCCCAAGGGCAGAACACUGGGGGAGAUCAACCAGUACCUUCCACAGGCAACUGCACAGGACCAAAGUCCCAGGAUGUUUGUUCUCUUUCUGCUGUGCAUAGUCUUUCUGGUCUGCAUGAGUAAGGGUAAGCCCUGGAGACAGAGGAAGGGUUGGUUGUUGAUUAAGAGAUGGGAAGAUGCUGGGGGAGGAGAAAUUUCCAGAAUUGGCUCUUGGGGCUUUGGCCGAUGCAUGUGUGAUUAUGACAGGGAAACUUCUUCUUUCCACAUGUGAAUUUCGUGAACAUCUGAUAGGUAUGACCACAGCUAGUCUAAAGUCCUUGGUAAAAAGGUUAUUGGUGACAUUUUUGGAGUAAACCUUCCCCUCCAUCUUUUAAGAAAGCUGUUAUCCAUUCCUACUAUAGAAUCCUAGGAGUUUGAUCUUCUCCCAGACCAAUUUAGUCCAUUUCGUGGAGUAAGGAAGCUAAAGUCCCCGUCUUUGCUUCCUCUUCCCCAUUACUGGACAAAAUCAUUAGGCUAGAUAAGGGGUUCAUUACUUGGGGACCAUAGAUAAAUUUUACAGGAACUCCAACCUUUUGAGAUUAUAUACAAUAUUUGAUUUAUGUCUGUAUAAGUUAGCUUUCACAAGAUUAUCAAAGGGAUCAGGAUCCCUAGAAAAGUUGGGAACCACUAGUCAAUAGUAAGUUCCUGUUGGGAAGCCCCCAGGCCUGGAGAACCUUCUCCAUACUGCAUCCUUUAAGCACCUCUUUCUGUGUCUGGCAGAGCCUUCGACGAUGUGUUAUAAAUGUAAAAAAUAUCAUCUUGGGAUAUGCUAUGAAGGCAUGAGGUCCUGCACCCUGAAGUACCACCAGACCUGUGCUGUUGAAAACAUUUACUUACUUACCAGAAAAGGGCGGAGUAUGUAUUUUUAUUCAAAACUGUCGUGUAUGACCAACUGUGAGGACAUCAACUUCUUAAGUUUUGAAAAGAGGACAGAGCUCAUCUGUUGCAAACAUAAAAACUAUUGCAACCUCCCUGAGUCUAGUUCUGUAUCUCUCCUGGAUUUUUGAUUAUUCUUCAACUCACCAUCCCCCUUAUCUUUUCCCCCAAACCUGUAUUUUGCUCUCCACUUCUAACCAAUGGUAGAGAGUGAGAAAGCCAGCUGGUAGUGAAGAGUAGCCAUCAUAAGGAGGCUGCUAGGAGAUAACUGAUUCUCAUUAAUGAUGGAGCACUAGACGGAAUUUUUGCAAAUCCCCACGCACAGCGUUUUGGUUUUCUUACGAUGGUGCUGCCAUGAAUAGUGUUGGGUUUUAAAUUGGUUAUUUAUUAUCUCCUAUAUGGAAAUGCAAAGACUUGGGUCAAAAUAAUCCCAAGCUCGUCCUGGGAAUUCUGUGAUCAUACUUUAUCCUUAUCCAUACCCACUCCUCUGGGCUGGGAUUCUCUCUUGAUUAGCUCUGACACCUGGCACUCUCCUUUUGCCCAUGGGUUUUGGAGAUAAAAGAAGACUAACUCCAGUUUCCCAAUUUUCUGGCAACGUGAGCCACAUCUUUCUCUGGUAGAGCUCUUAGGAGGAAUCUCAGGCCAGGAAAAAACUGGACAGACAAAGGGAUGAGGCAUCAAGAAAAAUUUUAGGGGCAUUUCAGUUUGUGGAAACUAAGAUAUGAGAAACAGUUUGGUGUGGGUGGAGUUAUCAUGGCCCCUCCUGGACAGGUAGCCAGGUAGCACAUGGUUGAACUAGGUUAUUAAAUUGGAAAUGGAAACCUUGUGCCAGAAUGGCUGGUCAGUCUCCUCUCAUAAGAAUGUGAAAAAAAUGUUGAUAAUAAAGCAGGUUAAGAUAAUAGAAUGUAUAGAGAUGCCAUGUGGUAGUGUUCCAGUUACAAGGUGUCCUAUGUAUGAUGCAGUUAUGAGUAAACAGAAGGGAUGAUAUAGCAGAAGCUAGUGGGGGUGGGAAGAGAUGCAGGUGACACGGAAUGGAACAAAUAGAGGGAAACUGUGUAGCGUUGGUGGUGAAACAACCCACCUGUGGCCAAGGUGGUGAAGCUUCCCUGGGUAUAGAAUAACCCUGACAUUUCUCUCCUUGUGAAUGAAGCUUACUACAGUUCUUGGUCCUGGAUUUCCACGAUCAUUUUUCUCCCUUACUAUGCCACAUGAAAUUCUUACAGUAAAACAAUUACCCCUCUACUUGAAGAGUUUGGUGUACUCUCUGCCUUUGUCUGCGCCUGAAAAUAUAAUCCUUCCUGAGGAAUUCUCAUCUGGGAUUUUAGCUGGGAUGAAGAAAGACAUGUAGAUAACUUUUUCAAGAUAGGCAGGCAGGUUGGAAAAGCCAAUGUAACAUGGAUAUUUUGAGUUAGGGAAGCAACAUAUAUUUUUAAAAAUUUUAUUGAAGUAUAGUCGAUUUACAAUGUUGUUUUAAUUUCUGCUGUACAGCAAAGUGAUUCAGUUAUACAUAUAUAUGUUCUUUUUCAUAUUCUUUUCCAUUAUGGUUUAUCACAGGAUAUUGAAUAUAGUUCCCUGUGCUAUACAGUAGGACCUUGUUGUUUAUUCAUCCUAUAUAUAAUAGUUUGCAUGUGCUAAUCCCAAACUCCCAACCCAUCUCUUCCCCACCCCACUCCCCCUUGGCAACCACAAGUCUGUUUUCUGUAUCUGUGAGUCUGUUUCUGUUUCAUAGAUAUGUUCAUUUGUGUCAUAUUUUAGAUUCCACAUACAAGUGAUAUCAUAUGUUAUUUGUCUUUCUUUUUCUGACUUCUCUUAGUAUGAUAAUCUCUAGGUGCAUCCAUGUUCCUGAAAAUGGCAUUAUUUCACUUUUUUAAUGGCUGAGUAAUAUUCCAUUGUGUAUAGUACCACAUCUUCUUUAUCCAUUCAUCUGUCGAUGGACAUUUAGGGGAAACAACAUAUUUUUAUUUCUGGCUGUAUGUGGGCUCUCUCACCCAUUGAAUCAUGGGUUGGGAAACGUCAUUUAGAAAAAAAAGAGAGAGAGAUCAUUGUUUUUCACUGGGUUUCAAAAUAGACUUUAAAAAUAUUUGUGAAUCAUUGUUUAGACAAAACUUGGCUUUGUUGAACAAGAAGUUUCUAAUUAUAAAAUCUUUCCUUGAUCUUUCAAGAACAAGCAUUGGCAUUCUCAGCAAUAGAGCAUUGAAUAUUACAUUAUGUAGUGGAUGAUUUUGGUUUGAUUUUGGUGCCCUGCCCAAAUCCUUUUUGCUAAUCAGUGCAUCUGCGACCCAGCUGCAUUGAGUGUUGGCUUAUGACAAUUCACAGCUAUUUACUUCUCUGGAGAUUUGCCCUCUGCCAGAUGGGAGCUGCCUCGCCUGUAUGCUGAACUCCCAACUAGAGCAAAGACCUCAGCCAACAAAUGGCCGACUCCUUCCAUCAAGCUGCACGUGCAGCUUGUGCCAGAGGCAGGCAGGUUGGAAAAAGCCUGCAGUGCAAUUUUUGUGCCAGAGCUUUUCCAUGGGCUCUGACUAAAGCCAGUCUCCAGUUGAGACCAUGUUACUGUUAACAUUUCCCCUGACCUCCCUGCUUUCUUUACUCCCCCUCUAAAUUUUAAGCUGAGAAAACCAAGUGUUUUCUGCCAUCAUAGGGCAUGGAGCUCUAAAAUAAGAUGUGAAAAUUCCCCAGCAGUCCAGUGGUUAGGACGCUGAGCUUUCACUGCCGAGUGCACGGGUUCGAUCCCUGGUCGGGGAACUAAGAUCCCACAAGCCGCGUGGUGUGGGCAAAAAUUUCAAAAAAAAUUUUUUUUAAUUAAAAAAAUUUUUUAAAAUAUAAAAUAAAACAAGAUGAGGUUGGGUUAGAAAAUGCAGUUACAUUUUGGUGCCUCUGAGGGACAGUGCACGUAGUGUGUGAAUUAGCUCCUCAUGAAUGAGGAGAAUCUUUUUUAUUAGGCUUCCUUACAGCCUAGAUAAAAUUGCUGUAAUCUUGGAGAGAAUUUUCUCUUGGUUUACCCCAUCUUGGGAUAUUCUUCCUGUUUCCGUUUUCCAGCUUGAACAAAUGAACAGAAUAAGACCUAGGUGAAAAUUUCUUUACCCCCAUGAUAGCACACCAAGUAUCAAUCCUGAAAUAAGCAUAAGCUCUUUUUUCAUAUAUGCAACUUUUUCUUCACAUAUCAUUUUAAAGACAGUAAUUUGCCUACUAAUCUAAAGGUUAAUUUGGAGUUGACUGGUGCAUAAUACAUGCAACCUUAUGCAUUAAAUCAAAAUAAU